CGUGGCCCGGCGUCGGCGUGACGGUUGGACGCGGGGCGCGGCACUGCGGGUCCCGAUUGCUGCAGCCGCUUGUCAGUGUGACGAAGAUUGGCACCCAGUGCGACAGGCUGGAAGCUCCAAGAGCCAAGUCCCUGCAUUUGGAUGUCAGGUCCGUGAGCACACCGAGUCCAAGCACGUCGGCCCCGGCCCAGUAGGAGCGAAGCUUCUAGAACCCGUGUCCCUGCACUCUGCCCAGGCCACCAGCAGGACCAGGACAGCGCAGAGCUGCCUCUUUCCAGCUGGAGCGAGCUGUCGCCAACCUCGGCUCUGCUGUUGACGUCAGGUGCCCUGCCCUUCGAAUGCGAGACAUGUGACGUGGGCGGUGUGUCUGACGCACCAUGAUGGCAACUCAGACGCUGAGCAUAGAUGGCUACCAGGAUGGGCAGCAGAUGCAGGUAGUGACAGAGCUGAAGACGGAGCAGGACCCCACGUGCUCGGAGCCUGAGGUGGAGGCUGUGAGUUCGCCCCCUGUGGGCUCGCAGACACCCAUGGAUGCCGACAAGCAGGCCAUCUAUAGGCACCCCUUGUUUCCACUGCUGGCCCUGCUGUUUGAGAAGUGUGAGCAGGCCACGCAGGGCGCCGAGGGCACCACCUCCGCCAGCUUCGACGGCGACAUAGAGAGCUUCGUGCGCAAGCAGGAGAAGGAGGGGAAGCCCUUCUUCUGUGAGGACCCCGAGACCGAUAACCUGAUGGUAAAGGCCAUCCAGGUGCUUCGCAUCCAUCUGCUGGAGCUGGAGAAGGUGAACGAGCUGUGCAAGGACUUCUGCAGCCGCUACAUCGCCUGCCUCAAGACCAAGAUGAACAGCGAGACGCUGCUGAGCGGGGAGCCUGGGAGCCCUUACUCACCCACGCAGCCCCAGCAGCUGCAGAGUGCCAUCGCGGGUACACUCAGCCCUCAGGGCCUUGUGGUGCCCGCGUCAGCGCUACAGCAGGGCAAUGUGACCAUGGCUACAGUGGCAGGCGGUGCUGUCUACCAGCCCGUCACGGUGGUCACGCCUCAGGGCCAGGUGGUGACCCAGGCACUGUCCCCCGGCACCAUCAGGAUCCAGAACUCUCAGCUGCAGCUACAACUGAACCAGGAGCUGAGCGUGCUGCAGCAGGAUGAGGCGUCGGGCAAGAACAAGCGGGGCGUCCUUCCCAAGCAGGCCACCAACGUCAUGCGCUCCUGGCUCUUCCAGCACAUCGGGCACCCAUACCCCACAGAGGACGAAAAGAAACAAAUCGCAGCCCAGACCAGCCUGACACUGCUCCAGGUCAACAACUGGUUCAUCAAUGCCCGGAGACGCAUUCUGCAGCCCAUGCUGGAUUCCAGCUGCUCAGAGACCCCGAAAACGAAGAAGAAAACUGCCCAGAAUAGGCCAGUCCAGAGGUUCUGGCCUGACUCCAUUGCCUCUGGCGCCACCCAGCCGACCCCCAGUGACCUCGCCAUGGCGGAAGGCGCCGUGGUGACCAUCGCUGCACCCGUGGGCAUGGGCGUGGACGGGCUGCAGUCCCUGUCAUCUGACGGCGCCACGCUGGCCGUGCAACAGGUGAUGAUGGCCGAACAGAGUGAGGACGAGUCUGUGGACAGCGCAGGGGAUGGCAGCGCCUCGUUGGCCCCCGGGACCCUGGGUGCUCUGGUCCUGGACAACAGCGACUCACUGCAGUAGCCGCCCGACAUUCUCGGCCUUCCCGAGUUUUCUGUAGGUCUAGAAGCACUGCUGCGUCCAGGUCCCAGAGCAGCCGGGCCAAGCCCAGGCUCCUUCCCAGUGUGUGUGUGUGGGGGAGGGCCAGGCGGGUCCAGGGGGAGGUCCUGGGCCAGG